CUCCAUCGUCUAAACAUUAGCCUAUUCAACCUUAAAUUGUCGCUCAUUUAUUACACUGUUUAUAGCUACGUACUACUACUUCUUCUACACAAUUUUUAGACGAAAAAUAUAGAAUCCAUGGCCGUCCCCUACAUAAUAAAGUUCAGAUCUCACCUUCUAUCUCCAUGUUUCCUUCUUUUCUUAACCUCAACCCUUUUUCUUUCGGACCUUUCAAUCAAUUGAUACGAUUUCGAAGAGUUAUUUUUGUUAAAACUUAUGCAAUUUCGAGAUAAAAACAUUUAAAAAUAAAUAUUCGAUUAAAUUAUUUUUUUUGGUUAUCCAUUUAGAUUUAUUUCAAUGGCGACCCUGCAAAAAUUCAAGCUAUUAGCCACUCAAUGUGCAGUAGCGGGGAGUCCAACUCGAAGUCCAACAACUAGCCCAGUCAUUCACCUCCGUCGCCGGAAGACUCUUCGUAUGCUCCUCAGCCGCGGCGGCGGCGGCGGAGGACGUGGAGGUGGAAGUGGUAGUCCGCUGUUGCCUGAAGAUGAUGCUUCGCCGGAACGGAUUUCCGGCGAUGGAGAUUCUCCGGAUAAAGGAAAGGAAAUUGUAGGAAGCCACAAGCUUAAGGAUUUAUUCGUUUCGUCUCCUCCAUCGCUGGAAAAUUCGAGACGGGAAUUUUCGCCGGAAAUUGAUGGUGCCGGCGGUAGUAUUGGAUCGGCGGUUAGGAGAAUCGGAGUCCGUUCAAUUCGGCCGUUGUCGGCGACAUUCCGGCAACGGUUGCUUAGAAGGGUUUGGCGACCUAUGCUUGUGAGUAUACCUGAAUAAUUAAAAUUGAAGAGGUGAUUAAUGAAUAAUAAAUGAAGUUUUGAAUCAUAUUUCAUUUCUAUUUUUCAGA